AUGUUGGCCCGCGGUAUUCUCUGCCGCCUGGCAGCUGAUGUGCCGAAAACGCCAACCCCCGACCUCUCGCAGCUCGCCCACCUCCUCCAGCGCUCCAUUCUCGCCCGCAAUGCUGUUGGAAUCCCGUCUGUGUGCGCACUGUCACACGCCUACAAGACGGCGCUCGCGAUAAGCCGCCGAUCGUAUGCUACCGCCCGCGCAACCAAACCCACGAAGACGGUCAAGAAAGCCGUGAAGAAAUCAGCAGCGAAGAAGGCGGCUCCAAAGAAGAAGACUGCUACCAAGAAGCCGAAGAAGAAGGCGGCCCGAGCAACCAAGGCCAAACCGAAGAAGAAGGUUGCGGCCACGCCGAAGAGGAAGGUAAAGAAGUCUCUGACGCCGGGUGAGAAAGAGAAAGCUACCAUCAAGGAGCUCAAGGCUAAGGCGCUUCGGGAACCGUCGAAUGGCCAGCACAUGUCCGCCUGGAUGGUAUUCAGUGGUGAAGCCGUGAAGGGGAAGACGGGAGGGAACUUGACAGGCAGUGUCAAGGACGCCGCUGCCAGGUUCAAGAAUCUGACUCCUGCCGAAAAGGAGCAUUACAACCAUCUUGCCAACGAAAGGGCGGCUGCCCAACAAGCAGAGUACAAGCGCUGGGUGCUGAGCCAUACACCCGAACAGAUCCGCAUCGCCAACCUCGCGCGUCUCAAUUUAAGAAGAAGAGUCCCAACAACGGCUGGCAAGCGCAAAUACCCGCCCCACACUUCCAAGAUCAAGGACGACAGACAAGUGAAGCGACCCUCGAGCGCAUACCUCAGGUUUGCGACCGAGCGCAAUACCAGUGGAGACAUGAAGAGCAUUGCGAAGUCGGAGGUUAUGAAGCUUAUUGGGAAUGAGUGGAAUGCUUUGAGCGCGAGUGAGAAGCAGAAAUACGAAGACGCGUACACGGCAGAAAAGCAGGCCUUUAGGCGUGACUACGAGAAAACAUACGGACACAAAUUAUCGUAG